GUUCAGCCACCACAGCAUCCAGCGGACAUGUGUAGACGAAACGGUGCUAAAUCAUAGUGCAGAGUAAUUAGGCAAUUGCGGCAGGAUGGCGCCUGACCUAAAUCUUCCACCAGCGACACCAGCUCUACGGAUGGAUUGCUAUUAUUGAUUGUACCGUGCAACGUUGGCCGUUGGCUUAAACGGUGGAAAAUGAUACCAUGGAUGCGUGAAAAGUUUGCCGAACGACGUGCCCGCUGGCAGCAGUCUCGCAACAAGCAACCACGCGGUCUAGGCGACGGAACGUCUAGCUGCAGUUCGGCCUCUUCCAGCACGGGGCCGGAACCAUCGUCCGGUACGACGACACCCGGGACGAAUGUAUCGCCCGUACAUCAGCCAGCAUCACGUCAGCACAAGCAUCGCCAUGGGCAACGUGCAGCGAAAGGGCAACAUCAAUCGAACACAUCGCAGCAACCGUUACCGUCUACCAGCGGAUCAUGGCGCUCGAGAUCAACCAAAAGAGAAACUCAAGAUGAUGGGCCGACUGCACACUGCUCCACACAGUCCGUUUUGCUGCGAAUUAUAAGUCCACGAGGUGGCAUGGUUGAUGUGGAGGUGCUUCGCACAUUAACGGGCCGGCAGCUUAAAAUGUACGCCUUGGAGAAAUUUGCCAGCAAUGCCUUCACGAUGCCACAUUUUUCGUCCGAUUUGGACGAGCUGGCGGAUCGGUACCGUAUGAUAAGGUCGCACAACAGCCACAUCUUCCGCGAUGACGAUUUGCUUCGUGACGUAAACGAUGAAGAGGAGUUUCUACUUGUGGCCAAGCGUAUCGAUAGUACGCCAGCCGAAGAAAGCCUUAAAGGACCAUCGCCGGCGGAGAUACUGGCCGCCACGCGUCACAUUCCACUGUCCCGCAUAAAUCAGGCAUCAGUUAACUUUAAUCUAGGCAUGCUGCAAUCAGACCUGCAACAGGAUCUUCGGCGCAUUAUGAUAUCGCUAUCGCGGGCGUCCGCUUACGUGCACGGGACGGGACCAUGUGCGGACAAACUGAUUGCACUGUUUCAGCAACGGCUCAUCAACCGAAAGCGGCAUCAAAUUAGCUCAGUCGAAACGCUGCUCGAAAUGGGAUUUUCGUUGGACAAAAUUAAUCAAGCCUUACAAAUUACAAAGAAUGUGUUCCCGGCAGCACUAGACUGGCUAAUACAGAACGACAGUACGUCGAGGUUUUUUAACUGUGAUAAGACCGCUUCGAAUGCAUCCACUUCCGCCGUGACGAAUCAAAUUCAGGAUGCAAUUGCUGCGGGUAACGAAUCGCCGAACGAUUGCAGUAUCACCGCAGCACCAAUCGCCGGAAUACUGCACCGUGGACGGAAGAAAUCAAACGUCGAGAGUAGUGAUAGUCGAUCGGCUUCCACACCAUCGUCUGCCGGGCACUCGAUGGACGAGGAAGACUGCGAUGACGGUGAACAUGCGGAUCCUUUUACAAUAAAGCGUGAAAACAUUGCUGCCUUGCUGGAAAUUGUACAUCUGUACUCGGAGAAAACGGUCGUCCCGAUGCCGGAGUUAGUAUCCUCCAUUGCAGAAAUGGGCUUCGAGGAGGAAAACGUCCGGGAAGCUUUGAUAGCAACGCACAACAAUCAAGCGGCGGCAUGUGAAUGGUUGCUGGGAAAUCGGGCUAAAAGUGUGCAGGGGUUAAAUGAUGGCUUACCGCCAGAAUCACCGAUUCUGCGUGUUCUGAUGGGUUCACCACAAGUACAAAUUAGUCUAGGAAACCCGAAGAUGUUUAUCGCACUGAUCUCAAUGUUGGACAACUCUUCCACGAUGACCAUGUGGCUUAGCGAUAACGACACUUCGUCCGUGCUGGGACACAUUCUGCGCACGUACCAUGAGGAGAAACACAUUGUCGCUAUCAAUCAGUUCAACAAUGCGCAAGGAAGUUCUGGCAGCCAGCAAUAGUGUGUGGACAGGGAAAGAAAAGCUGCAAAAAUGGUCAAUAUAUACCGCUAGUCUUUCGUACAAAUAUGCAACGAGAAACAAACACACGAUACACGAUAGUAUGGUGGUAUUUUCUAGCCUUCCCCCUUUGCAGGCAAACGUUGGAAGUCGAGAAGAAAAUCGAACACUAAAAGCGUUUAUUUUUUCGGUGGAAUAUGUGUAAAAAGACAGCCAAUGCUAGCCUUGAACAAUUUGUGCGUUUGUGCUUCUUUUGUGCAAUAGUACGUGUAGCAUUCACAGCAAGUAGUUUACCGUUGUUGGCCUCAUGUUUCGAAUAGCGAUGGAGUAGUAAAAUGGAGAGCAGAAAAAAAACAACCAUCCUACCAUACGUCAUAUGCGUUACACGCUUUUCUAAGUCAAGUUAUCAGUUACGUAGCAAAGCACGGGCUUUAAAACUAGUUGUAACUUUGUAGCACUGGUGGUAAGCAGAUUAUAAGGCACCCAUUCUGAUUGUACGUGCAUAGGUUAUAAGCAAAAGAUAGAGGUGAAGAAAACGCCAAAGAUGCACCUAUAUAAUUGAAGCAAGAACGAAAUAUUUUAUAGCGGUCAACGAAGAAUUGUGAUUUAAAUGGUAUGAUCUUGCAUGGGACACAUUUACGCAAAAACGAAACGAACAAAUGCGAAACGAACGUACAUAGUAUAGCGUCAACUUUAAAAUGAGGAAAGAAAGAUGGAGAGAAACACACACAUAAAUGAUACAUAAAUUAUUUGAUCCUAGGCUAUAGUGAAACAAAUGUCAAUCAAA